AUGGACAGAUUCCACAGAUCAGAGCUUGCAGCUUCUUGCUGUACAUUGCCUGAGCCAAGUUAUUCAAAACGGUAUCAUCUUGCAUUAAAAAAAUCGCGAGACAAGAAGCAUGUCCAAUACGAUAGAUUAAUCAAUUUCUCAUUGAUAAAUAAUAAUAUUAAUCUGAAAAGGGGAUUAUUUAACAUUACUAUGAUUUGCCACAAAUCAUCAAUAAAUAUUCCACUUUCUUGCAGGAUCAGAGUACAGAUUCCACAGAUCAGAGCCAUUUUCUCAUGGACUAUCAGCUGAGCCAAGUAUCAUCUUUAAGCACGACGUUGCAAACCAAGUGAGCACCACAGGAGUUGUUGAGCCAUUGACAGAAGCAGCUUGUCCCUCAGAACGAGCAAUGAUUGAAUUUCACUCGAUUUUUCAUAUUUUAAAGCAACUAUUGAUGUGGAGUAGCUAUGUGGCUACGUGAACUAUUUUUGAUUAUUAAUU